AUGCGCCUUGGCUGUGCUUGGCUGGCGCUCGGCCUGCUUUUCCACCUGAAUCUUCACCUGGACGUGGGUCUGGCGGCCAAUAUCCUAGGCGUCUUUCCCUACCGCCUGCCCUCCCCCUUCCAGAUGGUGAGGCCCCUGGUGAGGGCUCUAGUGGAUCGGGGUCACAAUGUCACAAUGGUCACUCCCUUGGCUUACUUGCCCGACAUUGACGGAGUUCGUCACAUAAGAGUGCCCGCGCUGAAUAAACUCAUGGAGGAUCUAAUGGAAACCGACCAAUUUCUGGACUUGUUGGGCAAUAAAUGGCGGGAGGGCUGUCUGGCUGCUAGAAUCUUUUACAAUGUCUCGCAUGCCAUUCUCGCCAAUGAGGGUGUCCAGAGAAUGUUGCGCGACAAAAGCGAGCGAUUCGAUAUGAUCAUCUUGGAGGCCAGUCACCUGGAUGCACUUUACGGAUUGGCCGAGUUUUACAACGCAUCCCUUGUCGGAGUUUCUUGUUUGAACAUUAACUGGAACAUAGACUCUUUGGCGGGCAAUCCCGCGCCAAGUGUUUAUGAACCCGUUUCGCCAAUGGGAUUCGCGAUGGAUAACUCACUCUUAAGCCGGUGGCAUAAUUGGAUUUAUAUAACGGAGGAAAGGCUUCUGGAGCGCCUCGUCUUCAGACCCGCUCAGCUGAGGGUCUUCAAGAAGUUCUUUGGUUACUCGGCAGAAAAGCUGGCUGAGCUAAGGGAACGAUUCUCCAUAAUCUUGGUCAAUAGUCACUUUAGUAUGGGAAAGGUGCGAGCUAAUGUACCUAAUAUAAUAGAGGUUGGAGGCCUGCACCUCAGUGAACCCCCAGAACCAUGUGAUAAAGAACUACAACGAUUUUUGGAUGAGGCGGAGCACGGUGUGAUAUAUUUUUCGAUGGGCCUGGACAUCCUGGUAAAAUAUCUGCCCCACAAUAUGCAGCAAACUCUGCUGCAGGUCUUCGCUGGACUGAAGCAGCGUGUGGUUUGGAAGAACGAGCUCUCCAUGAUGCCGAACCAAUCGGACAACUUAUAUGUGAUCGAUAGAGCCCCUCAGCGGAUGCUGCUGGCCCAUCCCAAUGUCCGACUUUUUAUCAAUCACGGCGGACUACAGAGCGUGAUAGAGGCGAUAGAUAGUGGAGUUCCGAUGCUGGGAUUGCCACUGUUCUUCGAUCAGUUCAACAAUUUGCACCGGGUGCAGUUGGCCGGAAUGGCCGAGGUCCUGGACACCAAUGCUUUGACCGCAGAUAUUCUUAGCAAAACUAUCAGAGAGCUACUCGAAAACCCCAUCUAUGCAAAAAGAGCAAAAGAAAUGUCAAUAUCCUUCAGGGACAGACCCAUGAGUCCUCUGGACACAGCUCUCUGGUGGACUGAGUAUGUCCUACGCAAUCGGGAUACCAACCACAUGCGACUCAAUGUGGAGGAGAUUCCCCUGAUGCGGUACUAUAGACUGGAUAGCUUGCUCACCUUUGGAGUUCGCUUUGGUUGCGUUAUAGGAACAAUCACCUUUCUGUGCUGGAAAUUGUAUGAGAAACAUAGGAAUAGGCAAAGACGUCUUCUUGAGAGGAAAAGAGCCUUCAUGCAGAUGCAGAUGAGGCUAAUGAAGAAUGAAUGUGAAAGCACCUCUACAGAACUCCGACAUGAGCGGACUGAAAACGUGAAAAUGCGCCUCGGGUACUUUUCGCUGGCACUCUGCCUUCUCCUGCAACAGGAUUUAGCACAGGCAGCCAACAUCCUGGGAAUAUUUCCCUAUCGCCACAUUUCGCCCUACUUGGUAAUGCAACCACUUGUUCGAACUUUGGUGAAAAGAGGCCACAAUGUGACGCUAAUCACGCCAGAGUUAAUGCCAACCGAUCUCGAGGGAGUUCGCCAUAUACGAGUUCCCAAGCUGAACAGACGCAUAAAGGAAAUGAUUGAAUCAGAUCAAGUUCUUGACUUUAUGAUUAACAAAUGGACGGAGAGUGCCCUUACAGCCAAAGUGCUUUUCAAUGCCUCCCAUGAUAUUUUGAGGGAUCCAGGUGUGCAAAGGAUGCUACAUGACGGGAAUGAGAGGUUCGAUUUGAUCAUAAUGGAGCCGACUAAUCUGGAUGCUCUCUACGGCCUGGUGGAGUACUACAAUGCCACUUUGAUGGGCUUGUCCAGUGUCCGGAUCAACUGGUACACCGAAGAACUGGCGGGAAAUCUAGCGCCUGCUGUCUUCGAGCCCAUCUCGCCAAUUGGCUAUUCACUAGAUAGCUCCUUGCUAAGCAGGAUUUACAACUGGAUACAUAUCACAGAGGAGAAACUGCUGGAUCACCUCAUAAUUCGACCAGCUCAACUGCGCAUUUUCCAGAAAGUCUUCGGUUAUUCAGCGGAGAAACUGGAUGAGCUACGCGCCAGGUUCUCAGUGAUCCUAAGCAACAACCACUACAGCAUGGGAAAAGUUCGGGCCAAUGUGCCCAACAUCAUCGAAGUGGCAGGUCUGCAUCUCAGUGAACCUCCAGAGCCCUGUAACGAAGAAUUACAGAAGUUUAUGGACGAGGCUGAGAACGGCGUCAUCUACUUCUCAAUGGGCCUGGACAUACUGGUGAAGUUUCUUCCGAUGGACAUUCAACAACCUCUAUUGCAGUCAUUUGCCAAACUAAAGCAACGGGUGAUUUGGAAGAGCGAGCUUAUCCAUAUGCCCAACAAAUCGGACAACGUAUAUGUUAUUCAUCAGGCCCCGCAACGCAGCAUUUUAAGCCAUCCCAACGUCCGACUUUUCAUCACAAAUGGGGGCUUAUUAAGUGUGAUGGAGGCGGUGGACAGUGGAGUUCCCAUGCUAGGACUACCGAUGUUUUUCGACCAAUUCGGUAACUUGCAUUGGGGAGAAGUAGCUGGCAUGGUCGAGGUAUUGGAUACCAACGCUCUCAAUGAAGAAGCUUUGACCAUGACUGUUCAGAAAAUGAUCGAAAACCCCAGAUAUACCUUGAGGGCCAAGGAAAUAUCGCACCUCUUCAGGGAUCGACCCAUGAGUCCUUUGGAUACGGCUGUCUGGUGGACGGAGUACGCCUUGCGAAACAGGAAUAUAUCCCGAAUGCGACUCAAUGUGGAGGAGAUUCCCCUGAUUCAGUACUACGGAAUUGAGAGUAUCCUUACUUUUUGCUUUCGAUUUGGAGCAAUUGCUGUGUCACUGCUCUUUUUGGGCUUUAGUGUGUUUCAAAAACAUCGAGUCAGGCGGAGAUUUAUGAGAUGAUUUCUUUAAUAAAUUAAGUCUUACUUAU